AGGAAAAAACUUAUCGACUGCUGCAAAUUUCCUGCGUUUUCAAAAUCACAUCUGUGACACUGAGAGCGAAGGUUCCCCGAACAUACACGUACAUCCCGUCUGUACAGCUGAAGGAUGGGACGAAAUAAACCCGCUUUUGUUGCUGGGAGUGUCGAGUAACGUUUCAGCGUUUCAGGCCGGAGAAUGAUGAAUAAUUACACUUUCAUCAGGGUCGUUGGUAAAGGGAGUUACGGGGAGGUGCACUUGGUGAAACACAAAACAGACCGAAAACAGUAUGUUAUUAAGAAGCUGAAUUUAACCACCUCCUCCAAGCGGGAACGGCGUGCUGCAGAGCAGGAGGCGCAGCUUCUGUCCCAGCUACGACAUCCCAACAUUGUGACAUACAGGGAGUCUUGGGAAGGAGAUGACUGCCAGCUGUACAUUGUGAUGGGUUUCUGUGAAGGCGGGGACCUUUAUCAUCGACUCAAACAGCAAAAGGGAGAACUCUUACCUGAGAAGCAGGUGGUGGAGUGGUUUGUCCAGAUAGCCAUGGCACUCCAGUACCUGCAUGAGAGGAACAUUCUUCACCGGGACCUUAAAACACAGAACAUCUUCCUGACGAAGACCAACAUCAUCAAAGUCGGGGACCUUGGCAUCGCACGAGUAUUGGAGAAUCAGAAUGAUAUGGCCAGCACGCUCAUAGGGACCCCUUACUACAUGAGUCCAGAGCUCUUCUCUAAUAAACCCUAUAACUACAAGUCAGAUGUAUGGGCCCUGGGUUGCUGUGUGUAUGAAAUGUCCACACUGAAACAUGCCUUCAAUGCCAAGGACAUGAACUCACUGGUCUAUCGCAUCGUAGGAGGAAAGCUGCCACAGAUGCCCAGUAAGUAUGAUCCACAGCUGGGAGAACUGAUCAAGAGCAUGCUGUGCAAGAGACCUGAAGACAGACCUGAUGUCAAACUUGUCCUCCGGCAGCCCUACAUCAAAAGACAAAUUGCCAUGUUCCUUGAGGCCACUAAAGAAAAAACUGCCAAGUCAAGAAAGAAAGCUGUGGGUGGCACUGGUGAUUGUAGGGCCAAAUCACCUGUUGUGUCAUCUCAGCUAAAACCUGAGAGAAGUGCCCAGCCUGAACCUUUAGCCAGGGUGAAACGGAAAGAAGAGACACAACAUAAAGUCUGGAAUGGCGCGACCGAGUGCACUCCAGUCCAAACACCUCUGCCACCCAAACCCUCUUCACCUGAUGCUCUCAAAGCCAGCAUCACAUCCCUGGCAACCAUCAGCAACAUUAAUAUUGAUAUCCAACUCCAAGGGGACAAGGACCUGCUGAAGAGACAGGCGCAGGGGCCCCAGACAGUUGUGUCUCACCACCUGGCAGGUAAUGAACCUGUGGCUCACACUGUUCACAAAGACAGCAAGGGAAGAGGGAAACCCGAUCCUUCUCCCCCUCCUUCCCCUCUUAAGCCCACUCUGAAGUCUGUAUCAGGUGUUUGCGGCAGGGGAGGAGAUGAGAGGAGGGCAUCCAAUGGAUUGUUAGACAUUCAUCCCCAGGCCAUGUCAAACCCUGGGGAUACAUUUUCUGUCUCUGCAGAGAAACAGAUGUCAGAUGUGGAUGAUAAGAAUGACACCAUGGAGUUACUGAAAGAGGCUGACAUGCAGAACCCAAAGGUAGAAGUGGAGAACGAGGCUGCUUUUUCUAUCCCUGAGAGGAGACCUGCACACAAAUCUAAUAUAGGAAAUACUGGAGUGGUUGUGGAAGCUAAUGUAGACAAUAACAAUGACACUGUUACCCUUCUCAAAGGAGCGCUGACACAACACCAUACCUCCAAAAUCCAAGAAAACCUAGAAUCUACUGAAAAGCUGUUGGAGCCGUUUCCUCCAACACUGGAUCCUGUUGAGGAGGACUCACCCUUACCAGUCAGUAACCCGGGUCUGAGCACUCCAUGCAAAACUCCGCUGUACUUUUCAUCAGAACCUUCUGUAUCCCAGCAGCACAGAGGGAGGGACACAAGAUGGACACAUGGCGAUCAAGACAAGUCCAAGGUGUCUGCUUCUAGACCUUUACCUCCACCUCCUGUUGAGAGCACAGCCGUGGAGGGGAGGAAGAGGAGCAGGAGGAGUACAGAGGGCAAGAAAGCUAGUGUAGCCGCAACCUCCACAUCAGUUAUUUCCUGUAAGGACGGAUUCUUACCACUGCCACAGGAUCGUCCUCUAUCUGCCAGAGAGAGGAGAAGACUGAGGCAGUCACAGGAGAGUGCCGGCCAACCAGGACACCAGGAAACAAACAUACACAUGCACAUUGUUGGCGUUAGUGUGGUAAGAAGGGCGUCUUAUGAUGUCACUUCCACCAAGGAUGAGCACUACAACACCCCAGUUACCAGAUCCGUUUCAGACACUGAGACCAAUAGUAAGCAGGAUAAGCUGCCGGAGCAAAGGUCAGAUGAAGAUGAGUGCAGCUCGUCCACAAGUUCCACAGAACGUUCAGAGGCAGACUGCAGGGAAAGGAAGACCGAAUCCAGCGACAUGCAGGAUUUAGUCCAUAUGAUGACCCAAACCCUGAGAAUGGAUAUUGGAGACGGUGUGAGCGAGGUGGGAAAGAGCAGCAAAUUUGGCUCUACGGCACUGCCGGAAUUUAAACUCAACAAGAAGUACAGGGACACCCUGGUGCUUCACGGGAAGGCUCGAGAGGGAGCAGAGAACCUGUUGCUUGGUGAAAUACCAAAAGGCUCCACGUCUGGCCCAGCCAAGAUAAGGAGAGCCAUAGAACACCUGAGAACAGAUCUAGUGAAGGGCCUGGGGGUCAAGCUGCUGGACAGAGUCCUGGAUAUCAUGGAGGAGGAGGAUGACAACAAACGAGAACUGUGCCUUCGUAAUCAGAUGGGGGAUGACAAGUACCACGCUUAUGCUGUAAUGGUGAGGCAGCUGAAAUUCUUUGAGGACAACGCCUUCAAGGUUUAGAGAAAAUGCUGCAUACACAUUUGCGUUUCCAAAACACCACUUGUGAGAACAUGUUCACGAGAGGCAAGAAUCUUGACAGGUCUCGUUUAACAAGAAACUUUGUCUUUGAGAGAAACGUCUCAGUCCUCAAAUAGAAACUUGUACUCAAGUGAAAACCUGUCUAUACUGUGAACAAGAAGGUUCAUUUGUUUCCUGCCAAAAGACCACCCUGUUUGUGUGGCGUUGCUACUUUCUUCCUCCUGCUUGCAUGCAUUGAUCAUUUAUGCUUGCAGGUUUUGUCACAGAAUUGCCACAAUGUCUGCCCUUGUGUGAGCAGUAAAAGUUAAAUUACUGUUUUUAAGUUGUUUUUUUCCCACCUUAUUCUUCAAACAGGAUUUGUGAAUUAUUCUUGUAAUUUUCAGGAUUCCUAUGCAAAGCUUGAGUUAUGUUAAAGCACUCUUUCUACUUUUUGUAGUGGAUACUCUAUUUAUAAUGCAGGACAGAAUUUGAACAAUUGUUUUUACCUAUGCUGUAUCUUUGAAGACACUAGAUCUCACUUCUGUUGCUGUAUUGUAUUUUCUUAAACACAAAAUAAUGUAAUGUAGAUGCAUUGUAGAUAUUAACAUUUCAAUGAUUUCUAAUAAAUCCUAAAUGUAUUGUUUUGUUUA